AUGUCUUCAAAGGUAGAAACAAAUGAUGCCUGUUUUUUCGUGUAUCCUUAUUUUUAUUCAUUGCAAGAUCCAAGGCCAAAGCAACCCGUAUUCAAAGCAAUUCCGGUUAAUGAUGAUCUUAAAUACAAGAGAAAAUAUAAAGAGCUCAAGAAGAGGAUUCGAGAGAUGGAAGAAGAAAAUGAAAAGUUGUCACUCAAAUUAACUAGAGCAAAGAAGAAUAUACAACGGUUACGAAUAGAGAGAAGUUUCUUAUUCGAACGGUUAGAACAAUCACAUUCCAAGGAUAAUUCUGAAUCCGAUAUAACAUCUACGCCUCAAAGAGUGGUAGAUUCGGAGGAGGAUUUAUCUUCGGUGGGUAGUGAUAGUAAUGACGAUAAUGGCUCACAUACUAUAUCAAUGACAGUUUAA